AUGGAAACCCAUCAUUUAAUGUCUCUCUUCUCUGUAUUGCUGAACUCUACGGAUGUCGAUGGUAUAUUUGCUUUAUAUAAACAAAUUGUCCAUAUUUAUGGAGAUCCAGACUCGAAGAACUCAUCUGAUACACUCGCUUUACUUUUGAGUGAAUCUGAUCUUUCUAAUUUGGAUAUCAAUCCAUUUUUGGAGGAAAGUUAUGUUCAAGAUGAUAAACCAAAUAAGCAAGAUUUUCUGGACGAAAUAGAUGUCACAACUGAUCCGAUUAUUCAUCAAUCACCUUUCAAUAUCAAAGCGUGUGCUGAUAUUCCAGCUCUAC